AUGCCGCCGACGAGCGUGACAUUUCAGGUGACUUGCAAAGAUACCAACGUGGGGGAUGAAGUCUUUGUGGUUGGCUCGGUGCCAGAGCUGGGCUCCUGGGAGGUGAAGGGUGGACUGCCGGUGAAGACCAGUGCCGACCGCUUCCCCGUUUGGAGCUCCCAAGAGACGAAGAUCUCUGCAGAGAAGAUUCUCUUCAAGAUUGUCAUUGUGGGACCUGGGGGUGUUCGUUGGGAGGGGACGGACAACAAGACCGUGCAGCUGUCGGAGGGGAUGCUGGUCACGGUGAAGUGUGCCUACAACAGUAGCAAAGCUGAAUGGAUCACCAAGCUUCCUCCGGACGGGCUGUGCCCAAACUUCAAACCUGAACAGCAUGGCAUGCUACGUAGCAAGAAUGCGCUUGGCUGA